AUGCGAGCAAUUGAACGUCUUAGUGCAGCUGCCUGUCUCCUUCUCACUGUGUUGUGGGUCGUUAGCGAAUUAAGAACCAUCCAGUCUCGAUGGCCGGGGUAUCUGGUCUUUAAUAGGACCAGUCUAACUCGCUUUAAAACAACGCCCACACACCCAAAAUCAUCUUCAGCGAGACUAAAACGUCCUUCGAUAUCCGAUCUUGUACCAUCGCGGGAAGAAGGAGUUGGUUCAUUGCAAACAGCAGUCGACGACGUGGGUAGCAAAGAUGUCAUGUUGACUGAUCGUCUUAUUGUAGUGGGAAAGAUGAAGCAUGAGAAAACAGACUGGGUCAGUAAUGAGUUACCUGAAUGGCGACGUGCCAUAUACACAGUGGAUAAUCCUACAGCACCACUCCGGGUGGCCAAAAACAAGGGCAGGGAGAGCAAUGUGUAUCUACAAUAUAUCAUUGAUCACUAUCAUAACCUCCCUUCGACCAUUGUGUUUCUUCAUAGCCAUCGCGACGGCUGGCCCAGAGCGUGGCACACCGAGUUUGCAGAUCACAGCAAUGUGGAAACCAUCAAAUUGCUACAGAUUGAUUUUGUCCAGCAAAAGGGUUACGUAAACCUUCGUUGCAACCCCAACCCUGGCUGUCCUGAUGAAAUCCGCCCAUUUCGCCAGCCCAGAGACGAGUCACGGUUAUCUGAGAUCGCGUUUGCCGAUGCUUGGAAAGCUCUCUUCAACAAUACCGAUGUUCCAGAAGUUGUCGCGACGCCCUGUUGUGCCCAGUUUGCGGUAUCAAGAGAUCAGGUGCUGAAGCGUCCACGAAGUAGUUACAUUCAAUAUCACCGAUGGAUUAUGGAGACAAGCCUAUCGGACGACAUUACCGGACGUGUAAUGGAGUACAUGUGGCAUAUAAUAUUCGGGCAGGAUCCUGUUUAG